UUCGAGGUUCGUGAAAAGGAAUGUCUUCGGCUACAAGACGAAGUAGCGUGGGUAUGAUUGAUGUUCGGGGUAUAGAGUUUGAAACAGAGAAUGGAAGCAGUGGAUCUUGUCAACGGCCGGCAUGAGCUAGGGAUGGCAACACUUGAGUUGAAGGCAGAAAGAUCUGCGGUCGUGAAAAGAGACAUUGCAGUAGAAAUGUCAGAGGCAAGUGGCCGUGAUACCGCUCGGCAGAGGUCUACGAGUUUUGGCGCUCGUUGGAGAACGAACGCAUUCGAGCUAUAUAGGUGGAGCGUAUGUAUAGUUGCUCUACUCUCGUUGCAUCCAUCGACGUGAAGUGCGAGUGGUCCGCCUGAGGCAAGGGUUCGAGAUAAUGCAUCUCCAGCAGGGAGUAGCAGAACCAAUCUGGGUCUGCGACGGCGACGAGGCUUGCAAAGUAAGUAUUGUAGGCGUCGUAAUUACCGCCAAACUUGAGAGUGUUGAAUCUUUCCCUGACGCGAUUCUGCUGAAUUCUGGGUGGAAAGGCCAAUUUGAGCUGUGCAAUGAAUUCAUCCCAAGAUGCAUUGUGCAGCUUCGUCAUGUGAGAUUUCCACCACAGCUGCGCCGGGCCUUCGAGCUGAAAGCUUGCCAACAUAGGCCAGACACUCGGGUGGACCUGGCAUUUGAUGAAAGUCUGGCGCGUGUGGAGUUCCCAGUUGGUCAGGUAAUCGUCCCAUCGCCCUGCAAAUUUCCACAAUGUCCAUCCAGGGGGAAUGGAAAGGUUAGUCCAGGCUGGAUCACCCCUGAAGGCGGGGUCUGUGGGAUCAAUAGAGGAUGUCUGGCCCGUGUCAUCUUGCGCUGGCUGCUUUAUCUGUAGAAGGGCAGACGACAUCUUUGCAGCAGUGCAGCAGAAUAGUGAAGCAGAUGAAUAAUGCUCGUAAGAUUGCGACAGAAGCUGUCGAUGUGCACCCCUCCUU